GGUCACGUGAUCCGGUUGCGUUUUAAGAGCGCACUUAAUCAGAUACAAGAAAAAUUUGUUAUUUUCCAACUUUGAUUGACGCGCUUGAUAAUUGUUAAAACGCCUUUUGGAAUAAUUUGCUAUAGUACCAGCGUCCUUUUUGGUCGCUAAAAUAACCAAGAACAUUUUGUGAGUGCAAUUUUCAUUUCGAACAUUUUAUUUAACCCUCAUAAUUCGUUGGAGCACUGUUGUUGUUUUGCUUCCAACCUCACUUGCAAGUAAUUUUACAAAUGGCGUGCUUUAUUUUAAGAUUUUUCUCUAAUUAUUACGAAGCACGCGCUGAACGUAGCCGACAUUCCGUUUACGCUUCUUUGUGGUUCAGUAUCAAUGCACAACUCUGCUGGAAACUUUCUGGUUUGAGCUUCAUAUUAGUUUUAUAAGAUUUUCUUUUCGUAAACUACUUAGAUUGUAUAUAGGAAGUGUACAUAGAGUAAAAGUGAAAAAUUUUCAUUCAUAAUGAGUUCUAGUAAUAGAUCAUCAUCUUCUAGUAAAAGUAACAAUAAAAAUAAAACACAAGGAAAAACAGAUCAUCAUGUCAAAUCUUCAGAUGCAUCAAAGAGCGAUAAAUCACAGCAUAAAUCGGAUCAACUAAAACACACACAGAGCGAUAAUCGCAAUAACAGCAAGGAAGAUGUAGCUCUUAACGAGCGCAUCAAGCAAGUGAUGGAGUUGACUCGUCGAUCUGAGGAUGAGGUUAUUAUGGCUUUGCACGACUGUGAUGAUGAUCUUAAUCGCGCUGUCAAUGAUCUCCUUGAAGGCGUCAGUCCUGAGUGGGAAGUUAAGAAGAAAAAAGCCAGACAAUCUGGAGGACCAAAACAAAAUUCUGAACAGUCUGGUGUUCCGGAUAGUAACGCGGAUUGGGGGGAGGAUAAACGUAGUUUAUACACUAACGAUGGCUCAUCUCGUGUUCGCGGAGGAAGAGGUGGCAACCACAACAAUCGUGGUUGGCGCCGACGAGAAAAUAAAGAAAACGAAAAAAAUAGCGAGGAAGGGAAAAGCGACGCCCCGCAUGGUGGCAGCAGGCGAGGUCGUGGCGUGUCAGGAAGAUCUGGUAGAGGUGGUAGAGGCGGAGGUCGUGGUCUAGGACCUCGUACUUUCGCGAAUCGAGAUGCAUGGAGUGGUAUUGAUGCAACUGAAGACUGGGAUAAUGAAGAAUACACUGGAUCUUUAGCUGAUACUAAAGUUUUCACACCAAGUACUUUAACAACCGAAGCUGCAGCUGCUCCCGAGCAGCCCAAGAGCGAAGAAUUACCGUCGAUUAAACCAAUACGAUCCGCAGGUUUAUUAGAACAUAACGAAUUGCCAAAAAUAUCGGGUGCAACUGCAACUGCACAAGAAACAGUAAUUCAAGAACAGUCGCAUCAGGAUAUCAUUAAUAUGCCAUCUAUGCAUCUUCCACAUUCACUUGAUGACGUCAAUAGAGGAAGUUUGUCCGCUGCGCAAUCGGAAUAUUUCACUCAGUUAGCACAAGCUAAUGAUAUAAAUCUGAAUGUGUCUACGGGACAAACUACUUUCUUGUCCGUGAUGAAUAGUCAGCCUCAAAGGCAGACGAAACAUCGUCCUCGAGUACCACCGCCUUCUAAAAUACCAUCGACUGCUGUAGAAAUGCCGGGAGAUGCUCUGAACAGCAGUAUUAGUUUUUUAGACGUUCAAUUCGGAGCUCUGGAGUUUGGUAGUGAUGCAAGUAUAACUGAUGGAACUAACCAGGAAAAAUUCAAUUCAUCUCGAUCUAGCCCAGGAACUUCAAGUGUUGAGUCAACUUCGAUUACGACCAAAACUGUUGUGAACUCGAUAAAUUCACUUAAUGUUGAAGUUGCGCAAGCUUCUCCUAGUCAAAAGUUUAGUACAACGACAAAAAUGUUGCGAAGUGAUAAUCAGUGUAUUCCUAAGGAGCAUUCGAUAAAUUCUCAAAGUGGGCUUACAAGUCGAAGUGCUGCAACUCAACCGGUUGACAUUCAGAAGCAGGACCUUAGUGCACAGACAUCACUCAGCAAUUCAUCUACUUAUAACGCCGCAACUGUAACUUAUCAGUCACCAAAACCAUCUUACUCGACAUCCGUUACUUCUAGUAAUUAUAGUUCGUAUGCGCCGUCGAAUCAGGCAUCUUUUUCCUGCCCAACAACAAGUUCGCACGCAAACAGUUUCUCUGGUAUCGCACCUGUUACCCAAUCAGGAUAUAGUUCUCCUUACACGCAACCGAUAACUACGUAUAGUCAAACGUCAUCCUCAUCGAGUACGUCUGGCAUUUACAAUCAAGCAUCGACAACCACGCAGGGAUACCAGCAAACCACUGGUUUUACAACGACGCCAAUUUCGCAAUACCAAUCGCAGACUGUAACUACUAAUGCUUCUAGUAAUAGUUCUUCUUACAUAAGUCCUGGAUAUCAAAAUCCUUCAACGUUUCAAUCUACGGCGCAAACUUAUCAACCGUCCAACACAACAUUUGUGUCAUCCAUAAGUCAAGGAUCUAGUGUAUAUUCCAACACAUCCCAAUCGGUCUAUUCCAAUACGUAUCCUAGUUAUGGAAGUCAAAAUCAGUCUGGAUCUCAAGAUCACAAACUUAGUACAAAUAAAGACCUGCAGUUUGAUAAUAAUGCAACAGCCACUAGCACUUCUUUGGCCACUACAGCUGUUUCUACUUUAGGACUUACUUCCAGCUCUGUUAAUACAUCGCAAACCAAGACGACAACGUCCAGCACCGUGCCAAAAAGUACUGUCAGUGGUCUAGUGCCGAGUAGCAGUAGCAGUUCGAGUAGCAUUUCUGGAUCAGGAACUACAGGAAAUAUUGCACCAAUACUGAGUCACCAGUACAUCAUGGGACAAAGUGUACCAUAUGCAACGUUCCAGCAACCUCACAUGUACAGUUAUGAAGACUUACAAUUGAUGCAACAAAGAAUGCCUCAUAUGCCCACUACAGGUUAUUACGACGCCACGUUAGGCUAUCAAACCACAGGACCCGUUACGAGCCUUGGUAACAGCAGAAGUGAUGCUUUAUCUGGGGUACAAGGCGUUCAAGGUGUUCAAGCAGUUCAAGGACAAUAUACCAGUAUUAAUGAUGCUAGAUUUACCAGAACGGAUAGUAAUGCAUCGCCUGUUUCAUCUACUAUGUCCCAACAAUCGGCAACGCAACAUCAGCAACCUUUGAUGAAUCCGAUCCCACCUGGUUACGCUUAUUUCUAUGGAGGCGGUAUUAUGCCUGCUGGCGGGUUCCAGUAUGGAACUCCAGCCAUAUAUCCGCAAAUCGCAACUGCCGGUAGUGCCGGUACCACAAGUGGUGCAUAUAACACGAAGCCUGCAAGUUAUGGUUCUGGUUAUGGAAGCGGUACAAACUACGAUAGUUUAACCAAUUCUGCAUCUUCUGGCGAUUAUAAGAGUACUGCAAGUGGAUACACCAGUAGUCAGACUGGUAAAAAUGGCUCAUCCAGUGCAAACACAAACACUGCUGGAACUUCAACUGAUAUAAACACAACAAUGUAUACAAAAGGUCACGUGACAUUAAACAAAGUAAAUUCGUACGACAAGCAAACUUUUCAUUCAGCAACACCGCCACCGUUUGGUUUAACUAACAACCAAAAUGCUAAUGUUAUAAGCGGAUAUGGAACUCAUUUAUUUAUUCCUACGAUACCUCAUCAGUUGCACCAGCCCCUUCAUCAAGACAGUGGAAAUAGCUCAGGACAGAGAACGAACACUAAUUCUCAGAAUAAGGCACAAGUUAAACCAGGCUACAGUACAAGUUACUGGGCUGGCGGUAAUUAAAUGUAUACGUUUCUGAUUAUUUGAUAAAAGUGCAUUAUUAUUUCUUAUGGUGAAAACGUGAAUAAAUACUACGUUGAAUAUUCAACGAUAUCUCAUUCUAUACAUGAAUAACAUAACAUAUUAUGUACAAGAAAAGAUAAUGUGAGACGAAGAAGAAUUGAUGAAGAUUAAUGAUAGGGUUUAAAAAUGCGAACAAAAUGAAACUUUGAAAUAUGAUAAAAAUAUAUAUAUUUACUUUGUUUCCUAUAUACAUUUAAACGCAAAGUGUUUUUUUUUUAAUAAAUGAAAACUGUAAAAAAUGUAAAACUAUACUAUGGUACAUUAUUUAUUUUUAAAUUAAAUAAGGUAGCCAAAUAGUGUUGCGACUAAAAGGUAUUAAAAUUUUAGUCAAAUUAAGUGAAUUAAACAAAAUAAGGAAACUAGUAAUAACGCUAAACGUACUGGAAAUUCAGUUGAAAACUCGAUUUUCUAAUUUAUCCGCUAAUAGCUUUUUUAAAGCAUUGUGUACAUAUACACGUAAAUGUAGAAUUUGAGCGAGAAAAAUUACUUAUCCUUUCCUUUGUUAGAAGGUUUUACAACGCUGCUGAAAAAUAAUUAAAGUUUUAUGGUAUAGUAAGGUAUAUUUUCUUCAUAUUGCUUCUGUAAUUUUUUGUACAAAUUUUGUUAAUGAAUUUCAAAAACUUUUUCUCAGAAGUUUACUUUUGUAACUGGAAAAAAUCUUGCGCAAUAAAUUUAGACCUAUCAAUA